AACCCGAACCUUUUCCAAACCCACUUUCCUUUCCAUUUCGCCUUGCGAAUGUGAACUAGUACUACUAGUAUUUUCUCAGCUUCCCCACUUCAUAAACACACCCCUUUCAACUUUCAAACAAGUACUCAGCUUAAGCAAUAAGCAAGACGGCACUCUUCCCCUUUCACGCACACACUCUCUCUCCAUCUCCCCUUGGAUGGCAACUCUCUUCCUCUUCCUCUCCUUUCUCCUGCUCUCCUUUCACUUCUCAAGUUCAGAGUCGUUUAUUGGAGUGAACUAUGGCCAAGUAGCUGACAACUUGCCGCCUCCAUCAGCCACCGCGAAGCUUCUACAAUCCACGUCGAUAGAGAAGGUUAGGCUGUACGGUGCGGAUCCGGCUAUCAUCAAAGCUUUAGCUAACACCGGAAUUGGAAUCGUUAUUGGAGCUACUAAUGGAGAUGUUCCAGCUUUGGCCUCCGAUCCCAACUCAGCUGCUCAGUGGGUUAACUCGAAUGUUUUGCCCUUUUACCCUGCCAGCAAGAUCAUUCUUAUCACUGUUGGCAAUGAGGUUUUGAUGACAAAUGACCCGAACCUGAUAAACCAGCUUCUACCUGCAAUGCAAAAUGUCCAAAACGCCCUUAACGCGGCCUCACUCGGUGGCAAGGUCAAGGUCUCGACGGUUCACUCCAUGGCGGUGUUGAGUCAGUCCGACCCACCAUCUUCCGGGUUGUUUAGCCCGAGUUACCAACCCGCGUUGAAGGGCUUGCUUCAGUUCCAGAAGGAAAAUGGGUCCCCUUUUGCUAUUAAUCCGUACCCAUUUUUCGCUUAUCAAAGUGACUCCAGACCUGAAACGCUUGCCUUCUCCCUGUUUCAACCUAACGCGGGACGAGUCGACUCAGGAAACGGGAUCAAGUACACGAACAUGUUUGAUGCUCAGGUCGAUGCAGUGCAUUCUGCCUUGAGUGCUAUGGGGUUCAAGGAUGUUGAGAUUAUGGUUGCUGAGACAGGGUGGCCAUAUGCUGGGGACAGUAAUGAAGUUGGACCUAGCAUCGAGAAUGCAAAAGCCUAUAACGGGAAUUUGAUUGCCCAUCUGAGAUCAAUGGUCGGGACUCCAUUGAUGCCUGGAAAAUCCGUGGAUACAUACCUCUUUGCGCUCUAUGAUGAGGAUUUGAAAUCUGGCCCUGCUUCUGAACGGGCAUUUGGACUUUUCAGGCCUGACCUUUCAAUGACAUACGAAGCUGGGCUUUCAAAGAGUAGUCAGACUCCAUCAACUCCACAAAAUCCUGUAACUCCAGUGACUCCACAACCAAAACCAACUGCAUCUGGUUGGUGUGUGCCAAAGGCUGGUAUAUCUGAUGCUCAAUUGCAGGCAAGUCUAGACUAUGCAUGUAGCCAAGGCAUUGACUGCGGUCCAAUCCAACCCGGAGGUGCCUGUUUCGAACCAAAUACUGUCGCCUCCCAUGCUGCUUAUGCCAUGAACCUUUACUACCAGACAUCUGGCAAGAAUCUAUGGAAUUGUGAUUUCUCACAGACGGCAACCGUAACAUCCCAAAAUCCUAGUUACAAUAAUUGCAUCUAUCCUGGUGGGAGCACCUGAAAAGGCAGAUCAAGGAGAUUUGAAAUUGAGCAAAGAAAAUGAAUAGUUAAAUAAAGGGUGUGGGCCAUGUGUACCAGUGUGGGUCUUGGUUAAAAAGUUUUUGACUGAAAAGUCUUCCCCUUUGAUCUGGAUGCAUUAGGUGUAGCUUUUCCCUCUCUGAUAUUUAUUUGAUCUAAUAAAGUUAGGGAUGGAAAAAUUCUGGCUAAAGUGCAAUGAUGUUGAGUGAAACUUUAGUGGUAAGAAUGGGGUCCUCCUUGCUCCCUGCCAUGUCUAUGUACCAUGUUUUCAAGCAUCCAAUUAUAUAAAAAUGCAUUAUUGUCAAUGAUUUUGGCGUUUUCCAUGUU